AUGUGACAUACUCCCUCCUCCUGCUGCUGCUGAAUCAGUACGCCGGGUCUGCAGCCCCCCGCCUCAUUCAGUGUGUGUGCUCAGGUUAGGAGGGGGACAUCCAGCAUGUUGGACAACGAGGACUUCGUGUCGAACACUUCCCCGCGGGAGCUCACUCAGAACCCGCUCCAGAAGAUCUGGAUGCCGUGUAAAAACGGCCACAUAGCGCAGAGACGGGUCUGUAUGACCAAUUGUCCGACGCUCAUUGUGACUGUGGGACUUCCAGCCCGAGGGAAGACUUACAUUUCGAAGAAGCUCACACGCUACUUGAACUGGAUCGGUGUGCCAACCAGAGAGUUCAACGUCGGCCAGUAUCGGAGGGAGUGUCUGAAGAUCUACAAGUCCUUUGAGUUCUUCCGUCCGGAUAAUGAAGAAGGUUUAAAAAUCAGACGUCACUGUGCGAUGGCAGCUCUCAAUGAUGUUCGGCAGUACCUGUGUGUUGAAGGAGGGCAGGUGGCGGUCUUUGAUGCCACCAAUACAACAAGAGAAAGAAGAGGAACCAUCGUGAAGUUCGCUGAUCAGAACGGGUUCAAGGUGUUUUUUGUGGAGUCUGUGUGUGAGGACCCAGAUGUCAUUGCACAAAAUAUAGUGCAAGUGAAGUUGGGAAGCCCAGACUACAUUCACUGCAACACAGAGGAGGCCGUCGAGGAUUUCAUGGAGAGAAUCAAAUGUUACGAGUCGUCCUACCAGCCUCUGGACGAGGUUCUGGACAGGGACCUGUCCUACAUAAAGAUCAUUGACGUGGGCCGUCAAUACCUGGUGAACCGUGUUGCCGAUCACAUCCAGAGUCGAAUCGUCUACUACCUGAUGAACAUCCACAUUACGCCACGCUCCAUCUACCUGUGUCGUCACGGCGAGAGUGACCUCAACAUCAAGGGACGCAUCGGAGGAGACUCUGGUUUGUCUAACAGAGGGAAAGAGUUUGCCAGGAGUCUGCGGAAAUUCCUCCAGGAGCAGAAUAUCCAAGAACUGAAGGUGUGGACCAGCCAGAUGAAGAGGACAAUCCAGACCGCAGAGUGCCUUGGAGUGCCAUACGAACAGUGGAAGCCUCUCAACGAAAUAGAUGCUGGCGUGUGUGAGGAAAUGAAGUACGAAGAGAUUCAAGAGCAUUACCCCCUGGAGUUCGCACUGAGAGACCAAGACAAGUACCGCUACCGCUAUCCUAAAGGAGAGUCGUAUGAAGACCUGGUGCAGCGACUGGAGCCGGUGAUCAUGGAGUUGGAGAGACAAGAGAACAUUCUGGUGAUUUGUCACCAAGCAGUGAUGCGCUGUCUUCUCGCAUAUUUCCUGGACAAGUCUGCAGAUGAGUUGCCUUAUCUUAAGUGCCCUUUGCACUCUGUAUUAAAGUUGACCCCCAUGGCUUACGGAUGUAAAGUGGAGUCUGUCUAUUUAAGCGUGGACGCUGUGAACACCCACAGAGACAGACCAGAGAAUGUGACGGUGCUCCGCAGCACCGAAGACGCCCUGCUAACAGUCCCAGAUCACUUCUGAUCUCCUGCACUUCCUGUUACAGCUGAGACCUCGUCCGACAGCGUCAUUGUAACGGUGUUGCUCCCCAUCUGUCACUGAUCCGGAGAAAUGAGCAUCUCCCCAGACUUCAACUAUAAAGCACUUUGAGUAAAUACGAUCCAUUUUUAUACAUCUGUUUGUUGUGAACUGUAAUGGUCCUGUAGCUCGAAAAAACGCCAAUAUUUUUUUAUAUGUAGUUUAGUUGUCCUUGUAAUAGUCUUUUCUCGUGGAUUAUAUUUAACAUCUACUGUGUAUUGGGCUCUUUGUAUAUCACCAGGUGCUUUCUGUGUUUGUGAUGUUUUUCCUUGUAUGAAGAACAUGUACCAUGACCCCCAAAACACCUUUGAUCAAUGUCCUUAAUCCCUGAAGACACAAACGAAUAUUUACAUUUUUGUAAAAGAAGAACAUCUUUUUCCUGGCUAUCAAUUUAUAGUUUAAAAAAGAACCAGCUCGUGUGAUGGGUUUGCCUACUUUGACUUCAGAUGGUAAAAAACAUUCCAAAGGUGCAAAAAAAAAAGAGUCACCUUAAAAAGUGGAACUAGCAUUAUAAAUGCAACCUUUUUCUGUCAAAUGUGCAGUGAACAGUCCAUUUGUUAAGUAUAAACCUUUUUGUUGCACUCUUACGCGGAUAUAUAGAUUUCCCCCUCAUCAAUAAACACUCAAUUCCCCAUUAUGACAAAGCAAAAAUAGACUGACAUUUUUGUAGAUUUGGAAAAACUCAAAUAUUUCAUUGACAGAAGUAGUCAGACAUUUUGCUAUGACACGUGAAGUUAAGCUCCUUUAGCAUCUCCUUCAACCGUUGCUUGUCAGAUGUGAGAAGAGGAGUGUGUGUGCAUGUAAUGGCUUUGGCUUUGUACUUAUAUAGCGCUUUUCUAGUCUUGAUGACCACUCAAAGCGCUUUACAGUACAGCUUUACAUUCACCCUUUCACACACACAUUCAUACAUUGCAUCUAUUCACAGCACUUUGUUAUUCUAUGGGAGGCCAUUCGAGGUUCAGCAUCUUGCCCAAGGACACUUCGGCAUGCAGUUGGGUCAGACUGGGGAUCGAACUGCCGACCUUCAGGUUGGAGGACGACCACUCUACCCCUCAGCCACAGCCGCCCAAACAAUUUAAUUGACAAAUGAUAGAAUCAAAUCAAGGUGUAGAAACAUAUCACAUGGAACACUAAAUGGGAAAUUUCGGUUUUUACUUUUUAGUACAUUUGAAAACCUUAAAAUUGAGUCAAGAUUGAAGCAAGAAAAUGUUUUUUUAUUCAGCAUGAGGCUGGGCAAGACAAAAUAUGUAGUGAAGGAGUAGUGCACUUUCUGAAUGCCCUGCAGCUCCUGCUCUGUAAUUCAAACAGACUUCAGAAAAAGGAACCUUAUUAGGUUUUAGUCUUUAAGAAAUGAAGUAAAAGUGUGACACUUAACACUGCAUCACUGAUAAUAUAUAAUAAUUCUAUCAUUCAAUCAAGAACCUGGUUGUAUUUGGAUUAUAAAAUAAGGUACAGUAUAAACUGUACAUGCACGUUUGAUUGAUGUAAGUUGUGUGUGAAAAUAAUAUGUAUUAUAUUUGUCUUUUUUGAAAACUGUACACUUUCUGUAAUAUUUUACAUUUGAUAUUGUAUAUAACAGAAAAUUAUUCUCAAUGCCUUGUUUGUGGUCAGACGUCACGAUCUCAAUAAACCAGUGAUGUUUAUGGAGAGAGACAGAGCUGCUGUUCAUAAAACCACAACAGAUUAAAAAAAGAAAUCACCAAAAUACAAAGAAUAAUGUUUUUAUUUA